ACCAUAUGGAGACAGAGUAUUUCAUCUUCCUCCCACUCUCUCCUCUCCCUAUUCUAUUAUUGAAAUUGAAAUUGAAAUGGUGGAGGUUGACGAAGAAGAGCCAACGAGUACCCAUGAUGGAGAUAGAUCAACAAGUGAAAUCCAAGAGGGUGGAACUGGGUCUUCAAGAGUUGUACGGUACAAGUGGUGGAUGCAGAUGGCAGCAUUCACCAUAUUUGUACUCUCAGGCCAAUCAGUAGCAACUAUGUUGGGAAGACUCUACUUCAACAAUGGAGGAAACAGCAAGUGGAUGGCAACACUUGUUCAAACUGCAGGCUUCCCAAUAACCUUCCCUUUCAUCUUCUUCUUCUCCUCUUCAAAAACAACCCCUAAAACCCACCAAAUUACUUCCAGAAAACCUUCUUGGAUCGUCAUUGCUGCACUUUAUAUGUUUCUUGGCAUAUUCUUGGCUGCAGACUGCAUGUUGUACACCAUUGGACUCAACUUUUUGCCGGUUUCGACCUUCUCGUUGAUCUGUGCCAGCCAGCUUGCAUUCAACGCAUUCUUUUCACACUUUCUUAACCGGCAAAAGAUCACUCCUUUGAUUACCAAUUCGCUUGUUCUACUUAGCUUUUCGUCUACGCUGCUGGUAUUCCAGGGUGAUUCUGAAGAGACUGCGAAAACGUCUAAAAGCAAGUACAUAAUUGGUUUCGUGUGCACGGUUGCUGCUUCGGCAGGGUUUGGGUUGAUGCUUUCUGUAACGCAACUCAGUUUUCAGAAGAUUCUGAAAUCGGAAACUUACAAGGUAGUAUUUGAAAUGAUCGUGUACCAAAACUUGACAGCAAGUGUCGUAAUUCUGGUGGGACUAUUUGCUAGUGGCGAAUGGAAGAGUAUAAAGGGAGAGAUGGAGGAUUUCAAGUCUGGAAAAGUUCCUUACGUAAUGAAUCUGGUAUGGACGGCCAUCUCGUGGCAGGUUUUCUCACUCGGUUGUGUAGGAUUGAUCUUCAAAGUUUCCUCUCUAUUCUCCAAUGUGAUUAGUACUUUAGGUAUCCCGAUUGUACCCGUUUUCGCGGUCGUGUUUUUCCACGAAAAGAUGAACGGAGUGAAGGUGAUUUCUAUGUUGUUGGCGAUAUGGGGGUUUAUUUCGUAUAUUUAUCAACACUACCUCGAUGACUUGAAGGAAAAAGCCGAGACUAAAACCGAAAAUCGAGAAGUUGAUCUUACGGAAACAAGAAUCAGUCAGUGAUGGAAAAAAAUCAGUUGUUCCCCCUUUCCUAUUCCUUCCAUCAACUCUAUGAGUUGGUUAUAUAAAUGUAGUCUGGUGCAUAUAUAAAUUAAAUGGUACAAGGAGAAAAAGAAAAAGGUGUAUUUGAUCUAGAUUUUGUAUUAAUGAUGGGCGUUUUUUUGUCUAAAUACCCUUGAGGUAUGAAUAGCGUUAUCUCCUUGUAAAUGUUAAGUCAAUUGUUCAAUUUUCAAUUAUUGUACUUCUACUUUCUCUCAAUAUAUCAAGGACAUGUUGAUGACCAA